AUGUCUGAUACAGACCUUGCGGAGCAUAUUAAGGAAACGGCUGCAAAAUUCUAUCCCGAGCCAUUGAAGCCAGUCCAAACCGAAACAGUGAUCAGCUUGGUCCGUCGCAAACACACUUUCACACUUGCUGGGACCGGUUUUGGCAAGACAAGGAUUGGCGAAGUGUACUACCGACUUUUUCCUGCGUACAAGAAACCCAUCAUUGUGGUGUUGAAUCCUUUGGAUUCUCUUGGAGAUAAUCAAGUUCUUGAGAAAAAAAAUGCCAAGAUAAAUGCAGUGAAUCUGACCAAGAUGAACUUGACACCGGAGAUCGAGAAAAAGAUCAUUCGAGGGGACUAUGGCUUUAUUUAUCUGAGCCCCGAGGUUCUUUUAAACAAUCCAAUGUUCCGGAGAAUAUUUUUCCAUCGUCAAUUCCAAUCCAAAUUAAUCUUAACAGUCGUGGACGAAGCACACAUGAUCUACGUGUGGGGGUUGGUUGCAAGUGGCCUUGGUAAAAAGAUCAGUUCGCACUUCAAACUCCAAGACCGAGGAAUAUUUAGACCUUCUUAUGGUGACUUGGGCACUAGACUCCUUGCAACUCAUGGUGUUCCGAUCCUUCUACUAUCAGCAACCUGCAGACCUAUUGCAAUUGAGAAGAUCCUGAACAGCUUGAAGAUCUUACCCGAAAACAUGAAAUUAGUGAAUGGUGAACUCACCCGUCCUGAGAUUCGCCUCAUCCGUGUGCCAAUGAAAUCAUCUCUUGGAUCGUGCAACGACCUCAAACGGCUCUUUUCAACCCAAACAUCAAUUCCCAACAACAAGAUCCCCCCUACACUAAUCUAUGCUCCAACUCGCAAUCUCACCUGGCAGGUCCUCCGCGUGAUCCACGAGGCUCGUGCGAUUCAAGGUGGUCACCUUGAUGCUGGAAGUACUUUUGCACGUCGCUACCAUUCCUGUACUGGGAAACUGGACAAAAUCGAUAUAAUCAGUGGAUUUGAAGAUGAAGCAUUUCCAGUCAUUUCGUGCACCAUGGCCCUUGGAUUGGGUCAGAACUGGAAGAGGGUGAAUUGUGUAGUCCAUGUCGGACGAGGUGACCCUUCAUCAAUCUGCCAGAUGAUUGGGAGGUGUGGUCGUGGGGAAAAUAAUCCGGGUCUAGGAAUAAUGUUUGUCGAGUCCAAUCGGAGGACAGGAAAAAAUAAAAUCAACGAUUUCGACAAGCCAUUUCAGCAAUCUGAUGAUGAUCGGAUGGAUGCAUUUGCUAUCACCCCAGUCUGCCUUAGAAUAGCCAUGUCACUAGAUAAUCUUGCCCAGGAGUUGGUCAAUGCCUUCAAACAUCUCACAACGGACAACUUCAAGGAGAAUAUCACCUCUAGGGAUAUAUCGAUUGACGUUCCAGUGCCCCCAAAGGUUCCAAAAGUUGCAACCACUCGAUCGGUUGUUAAGGCAGACACUGGAAAGGAACCGUUAGAUGGCGAACUUGAAGAAUUUUCCAAGUUCUUAGCUGCAAAGUUUGCCGAUUUCCACUACACUCAAAUCGGCGCAGAACAUUCGGAAUUUGAGCCUGAGGAUCACUUUGGGAUUUUUGAGGCGAGAAGGGUUGUUGUAGCUUUCCGUGGAGGUGCUUCAAAUGAAGAGAUAGAGGAUUUUGCUGGUGGCAAAGCUCACAAAGGUCAAAUGGAACAUUUGCUCAAUCAGAUCAACAACUACAUUGGAAAAGUCUCUUAUCUUGACUACUUGGAGCAGUUAGAAGUACAAAAACACAAGAAUGACAAAGCGAAAACAAAGGAGGUUGCAGCAAGAAAACAAGCCACUCUUGAAAGGCGACACCAGAAAGCAGAAGAAACAAAACGGAGGAAUCUAGAACAAGCAGCAGCAAACAAACGCCAAAAAAGUAGAUAA